AUGGGUGACGAUGACGGAAAUUUCAAGCAAAUUGUACAACUAGUGGCAAAGUACUGUCCAGAACUUAGACACUGGUUGAACAUGUCGAGGAUGCGCCCAUAUCAUGUCACAUAUUUAAGUGCUCAAUCGCAAAACAAAUUCAUUGAACUCAUUGGUCACGAAGUUCAACGGUGCAUCGUCCAAGAAAUCAAGGAUGCAGGUAUGUACUCGGUUAUGGCAGAUAUGACAUCAGAUGUAUCACACAAAGAUCGGCUUGCUAUUGCCUGUAGUUACAUGGAUAAGAUGGUUCAGCCCAGAGAACGUUUGGUUUCGGUGACUGAAGCUGUGGACAAGACUGGGGAAGGUGGAGCAACCAAGAUUAUUGGAUCCUUAACUAAACAAGGUUUGAAUCUGGACGAACUGUGCUUCCAAAGUUAUGAUUACACACCAUCAAUGUCGGGCAGGUUCAACUGUGUGCAAAAAAAGCUCCAUGACAAGCUCGGGAAACUUUUCCAUGCAUCCCAUGUUUGGCAGAUCGUUCGAACACAGUCAUGGAACACAGUUGCAAGGCAAGCCCAAUUAUCACAGAACUUUUCAACGUUUUGGAAGCACUUAAUGUGUUUUAUACGGGUAGCACAAAACGCAUGUCUUCACUAGAAUAGUCGAUUCAAUCCAUGAAAGUAGACGAUCCACUGAACCUAAGAAAUCUCUCCAGAACUCAAUGGACAGCUCGGGCUGAGUCAAUAAAGUCUGUGUGGAUCAGCUAUGAAGCCAACCUGGAACAGUCGGAUGACGGUAUUGCUUCUGGUUUGCGUUCCAAGUUGCUGCGCUUUGAGUCAAACUUAUAAUUCUGUACUUAUAAUACUUAUAAUUCUUUUUUCAUGUACAGGACAAUUUGUGUAUAUUUAUCUGCAGCUCUUCGAUUCAGACGAGGUACAAUUCCUAAAUCCAAUGGUUCACAACCAUCUAACUGAAGAAGGCAUAGUCCAUAUACUACCUACCACAUCCUGGCCCGACCUGUCUGAGGUGAGCAAUUUCAGAAUGGCCAUACUAGACUAUACCAAACUACCACCAACUAGUUAUGGGCAUUCAGAGUACCAACUGUUGGUAGAUAAUGGACUGAUAACCGAUUUCCAACCAGAGCAGAGAAAUGAAAACCCUCAAUGGAAAUAUGUAAUUCUAUUUUUCAAACUUAUACCUUGUUUAUAUCCGAAAACCUGAAGGCAUCCCCGAUGCACACACAUGGUAAUCCAGGCAAUAAAAGACCUCGAAAGCAUUUGUGGCACUGGCUCAACAUUUUUCCUUUACACAACUGACAAGACACCUUUAACACUCAAAGAUCCAAACCCACCUCCAGAAGAAAAGGAUAAGUUAAGAAGAAAAAUCUUACCACCUUUAAGAACAAAAUUGAAGGAAAGAAGAUCGUCUGGAUUUAUCCUGGUAUCUGUUCAAGACCCUGAGGAACGAUAUAGGUACUUUGUCAAGUAA